CGAGCGGCGCGAGCCGGGUAUAACUCCUCGCGCCGGUGCCGCUCCGUCCGCAGCGCUCCGCACCUCGGCUCCCCUCAGCUCCGCUCCGCUCCUGCACGGUCCCGCCGAGCGAGACAGGGGCAGGGCAGGCAGCCGCGACCCACGGGCUGUCAGAGAGCGAGAAUAAAGUCAGGCGAACGCAGCAUCGGCCGCCUCCCGCUCCGCAGAAGUGAGGAGGCACCUCGGGGGCAACAUGACGGCGUGGCUGAGCUUCCUCGUCGUGUUCCUGUGCAGCUGGAGCCUGCGGGACUUGGUGGUGGAGGCUUGCACUUGCGUCCCCAUCCAUCCGCAGGACGCGUUCUGCAACUCCGACAUCGUGAUCCGAGCUAAAGUGGUGGGGAAGAAGCUGAUGAAAGAUGGACCCUUUGGAACGAUGCGAUACACAGUCAAGCAGAUGAAGAUGUACAGGGGCUUCCAGAUAAUGCCACAUGUUCAGUACAUCUACACAGAAGCCUCUGAGAGUCUUUGUGGAGUCAAGCUGGAGGUCAACAAGUACCAAUAUCUGAUUACAGGCCGGGUGUAUGAGGGGAAGGUUUACACUGGCCUGUGCAACUGGUAUGAGAAAUGGGACCGGCUGACUCUGUCCCAGCGCAAAGGACUGAACCACCGUUAUCACCUGGGCUGUAGCUGCAAGAUUAGGCCCUGCUACUAUUUGCCCUGCUUUGCCACCUCCAAGAACGAGUGCAUUUGGACAGACAUGCUCUCCAACUUCGGCCACUCGGGAUAUCAAGCAAAGCACUAUGCCUGCAUCCAGAGGGUGGAAGGCUACUGCAGCUGGUACAGAGGAUGGGCACCUCCAGACAAAACGAUAAUCAAUGCCACAGAUCCCUGAGCAGCUCUCCUUUUCCUUAUCUCCCCUCUCCCUUACUUGUGGCUGAUCUUCCUUUGGACAUUAACUCUUACCAGAUCGUGAUGAUGACAAUGAAAUUAGUGCCUAUUUUCAUGCAAAUUCUAGCACUUCGAACACUUAAAAAAGAAAAGGAAAAAAAAGGAAAGGAAAGAAAAAAGUCUGUGCUACCUUACUGAAUUUGUAAUCACCUUUUCCAUUUUUUGAUACCACUCAUUUUGAUCAGACAACAUUUGGGAGCUUACUUUUGCACACCAGAGGGAAAAAUGGGAGGGAAAAAAAGGAAAAAAAAUUAAAAAAAAAUGGAGCUCUUGCUCUCUUACAUGUAUCAUUAGCUGUAGCAAUAUAAUCUCUAUUUUUUUAGGAAAACAAAAAUCUAAAAACUAUGCCAGUUAGGCACUGUAUUCUUCUAUGUGCUGGCUUCCCAUCACCCUUCUUCAUGCACUAAGUGCUGAAAAUACAUAGAAAAAUCUAUUUUAAGGGAAACAGAUUUUAUUAAUCAGAUUCAUCAGGCAAAUGAAGCAAAAUGAAAAGAAACCCAGCCUAAACCAUGGACAAAAUGACAUCCAAAAGAAAUCCUCCUCUCUAGGAGAGAUUGGCAAUGUGAUUGACUCCAGCAGUGGGAGACUUUACCUGGUGUGUCUGACCACAUCAUCUGGUAAAAGCAUUGUUGGCUAACUCUUCUUGCUAAUUCAGUCACAGUGUGAAUGCAACAGCACAUUUGAAGUUCUGGCUUUCCCCAGAAAAAAAGAGAGUAUUUUGUAUUCUUGUUGUUGUUGUUUCAAAAACAAAAGCCCCAUCCCCUAUUUUCAGGGAGGUAAAUGCAACUACAGCAGAGCAUAAGAAGGGUUGUCCCAUCCUGUUUUGAGCAGCAUUGGCCCCUGAAAUUUUUGCAGCUUAGCUUCAACAGCAAAACUAGCUUGUGAACACCUUAAACCAAUCAGAUGCAAAAAUAACAACUGUAAAUCAAUCAUGUGCAAGAGGGAAAGGGGAGACUUGCUAGAACUCAUAUUAUUAAAAAAAAAAAAAAAUGUAUUGCCAAAAUAGUGUUUUGCUGAACUAAGAUGUAUAUACACAUUAUGACAUAAGCUAUUUUUGACAGGAUGUGGAUUUUUUUUGGUGUUAUAAACAAAAGAAUGGUUUGAUUGUGUUUUAAAGACAGAAAUAUUGACAUUCCGAGUUGAUGAGUUGCUUUUAAGAUAUUGAAGCUCCAGUGUAUCUGCAGUAGUGGCUACAGUCAUUGUUUCCUUUGUAACUCCUUGCACCACGGUUCCUCCCCUGCAGCUACAAUAGCUGCAUUUGUUUAUAUGGUGAAAGGAAGUGUGUGUGUGGGCUAGGCAAGGAAAAGUGGUCUCCUAAUAAGUGUUGUCUGGGAUCAUAAAAUUUUCAGCUGCCCGGAGGAUUCCUUCUGUGUCAAGUGCUGUGUUUCCCUCUAGGCACUGUUAAGCAUAGCCCUGUGCAUGUGCUCAUACCAUGUCCUGCAGUCAUGUGGAAGGAGAAGCCUUACUGUCUUGUGCUUUGCUGUUGACUGGAGUUUUUUUUUUUUUUUCAUUCUAUUUUGUUUUUUAUUAUUAAGAAAACUAUAAUAUAAUUUUUCUUAUCAAAUAAAAGUAUUUUAAGUUUUAAUGAUGGUGAAGAAGGGGUGCUGACAAAAUGGGUGACUUAAGUUUUGGAUGGGGAGGGCUUGGGCAGGGAGAAGAUUGUGCUUAACUUCAUUUUUGUAUUAUUAUGAUUAUUUAUCUUAAGUUUCCAUAUAUCUUCCGUUCAUUCCACUUAGAAAGCAGAGCUGCCACCAGCAGGAAAAAGUUGUUACAGUGACUCCAGCUUGGGGCAAUACAGCAUUUUACUGUCAGUGACCUCAAUUACUGGAGAGUUGUUUAGAACUACUUUGCCAAAUGGAAAAGAAUGAGUGUCUGAGAUGGACCCUGAUGUGUUUUUAAGUUCCUUGUGUGCUACCAGAGCGCUGCCAGAUGUACACCCUCUGAAAUGCCUCAUUUGCUGGAUGACUUGUUGCAGCAAAAAGCUUCAUUUUUAGCAUGAACUUUAAAGGGCAUUUUCACAGAGUUGCUGUAAGAAGUGCCUAGGUCUGCUGCCUGUAUUUUUUUCCCAGCAGCUCUGAGUGGCAAGGCAACACAAAACACAUUGAAAGUCUAUUGGAUUUUCCUGUGAUUUAGAUUUGGAACACUUCUCAGAAAGUCCUCUUCCCUGUGACUACUCCUAAAUUAUGGGCUGGAGAUGAGAGGGGGAGUAGGGUGCUUCAUGACACCCAUCACAGGAUCAGGUGGUGGUUCAGAAAGUUGUUCCUUUUGGCAAAAUAUGGAUUUGGCCUUUGGGUCCAGUGGAACAAUCUCUGAGUUUUGCAUGGCUGACAAAAUCUGUGAGGGUCACUGAGGGCAGAAUGGAGCCACCCUCAGUGUUUGCAUUGUCUGGAGUCAGCAGUGCAGGAUGUGGCCCUCCUCAAGCUCAAGGUGACUUGACAAAGCUGGUGUCUCUUUGAGCUGCAGCCACUUCUCACAGCUUUGGAAGGCUAAACAAAAAUGCCCCUUGAUGCAGUAAAGUGUUGAUUUGAAUUUUCAUUAAACUGCAGCUCUGUGUAUUUUACCUGUCACUGAUUCAUUUAGCUAGCUGAGACAUCACAGUAUUGCACUCAAAUUAUUGUGAAAAUAUUGCGUUCUAAUACUAUGAGGACUUGUGUUCCUACGUAGGAUAUAAUGUAGCUAUGUGCUUUGUAAACAACAAAACAGCAGAUGCAUUACCAGAAAGUGAAGCAUAUUCCCACUUUGUUUUGCAGACAGUAAAAUGUUUCUGAGAUGCAGACAGCUAGACUGGCAGGGGCAGAGGUUUGAUGGCAAAUCUUUGUCCUUGCUGUGUAAAGAAACAGUUGUUAAGGCUUUUCAAAAUGUGAAGCCGAAAGGAGGGGGAAGAAUCCAGUGAAAAUACAUUUCUUUUGGGAAGCUUCUUUAUUUUGUUUCUGUGAAUGCUAUCAGGGACAUGCAUUUCUUGGGCUUGUGUUUGCAAUAAGGACCUGCCUGAAGGCACUCCUGAAGUGAAAGCCAUUACAUGGAUUGAAUUGGCUCUAAAUUCUGGAUUGAACUGGCUCUAAGUCUUUGAGCCUUCCUCCUUUCUGUCAGCUCUCCUUUCUUCUGCCUUGCUAAGUCACUUCUGCCUGCCAAUGGAGAUGUCCAGGAUUACACACACACUCCCUGCCACCAUGCUUUAGACACACAAACAUUAUUCAAAAUAUUUUUUAAAGUGCAUAGCUAAUUUCUAGACUAAAGCUGUUCAGUUUCUUAUGCAUGUUUCUUCCCUUACUUGAUGUAGAGUGUUUUUCCCUUUAAAAUGACAAAAAUAGAUAUUGAAGGUUUGGGAAAGUUUAGAUUCUCUUUGCCUUUUCCAAAGUGGAGGGGGUACAGAGUAGGAGAUCUGUGCAUGAAGUUCCUUAAAUAAAAUCCUCCUGAGGGAGGCUUCUACUUCCCCUGUAUGGGAAAGAAAUGCCAUUUUAAAGUCUAAAUUUCCCAUGUUUUGACAAGUUACGUGGCCCUUAAGGUAGGACUAUUCUAAAACAUAAAUCUAUCAUUGUAUUCCAUUCCUACUUGUCAGAGUGAAAUGCUACCUCACAGUGAUGGGAAACAUACUGUUGUGUUUUUAAAGUAAAGACUGCUGGAAAUAAAGGCCUCCAUGAGAACAAAUUUCCAUCCUUGCAGAUAUUUUUGAAAAUACUGCUCGUUUAUAAUGUGCUUUGUAGCUUAGAAAGACAGAACAGAAUUUAGGGAACUGCAAAAAGUUUUGGCUUUUUUUACAGUAAGUGACUUACGGGGCUACUUAUGGGUCUUGAGAAAAAACCAUAAAAACCCACUAAACAUUUGCUGCUGUUUUGCUUGUACUGGCUUCUCCUUCUCUCUGACACUCCCUUCAUAGAGCCACUCUGCUGUUCCUGAUAGUCAUGGAAACUUGGGGAGAGAACCAAACCCAUGUGAAAAAUCUUGUCCAGAAGGAAUGUAUUUGUUGCUAAAUUUCUAGCACUGUUUACAGUUUUCCUCCAUGUUAUUUAUAAAUUUUAUAUUCAGUGAAUGUAUAUUGUCUUUUAAGGUAAUGUUGCAUAAUGUUCACUUUUUAUAGUGUCCUUUUAUUCUAAACAGUAAAGUGGUUUUAUUUCUAUCACAGA